AAGCAGCAGCGAAGUCAGGAGGUGCAAAAUACCAGUGGGACAUCAUGAAGUCCUUGGGCCUGCAGGAUAAAGAUAUUGCAAACUUUGCUGAAGCAGACUUCUGGCUGGAUUACUUCCCACCACUGGCGGUUCAGGACAUGAAAAGCAUGGGAGUCAAGGUGGACUGGCGUCGCUCCUUCAUUACAACGGAUGUGAACCCAUACUACGAUUCCUUUGUAAGAUGGCAGUUUGUGACUCUAAGAGAAAGGAAGAAAAUCAAAUUUGGGAAAAGAUAUACCAUCUAUUCUCCUAAAGAUGGACAGCCAUGCAUGGACCACGACAGACAAACAGGGGAGGGAGUUGGACCACAGGAGUACACUUUAAUUAAAAUGAAGAUGAUUGAGCCCUUCCCCCCAAAACUAAGUGGCCUUAAAAAUAGAAAAAUAUUCUUGGUUGCGGCCACUCUCAGACCAGAGACCAUGUUUGGCCAAACAAACUGCUGGAUUAGGCCUGACAUGAAGUACGUCGCCUUUGAGACAGUGAGCGGGGAUGUGUUUAUUUGUACCCGGAGAUCAGCGAGGAACAUGUCCUUCCAAGGUUUUACUAAAGAGAAUGGAGUAGUGCCGGUGAUAAUGGAACUUUUGGGCCAGGACGUUCUUGGAUGUGCCCUAAGUGCACCCCUUACGUCGUACAAAACCAUCUAUGCUCUGCCUAUGCUUACAAUUAAGGAAGACAAAGGCACUGGAGUAGUCACCAGUGUUCCCUCUGAUUCUCCUGAUGACAUUGCAGCCCUCAGAGAUCUGAAGAAGAAGCAGGCACUGAGGGAGAAAUAUGGGAUCACAGACAAAAUGGUUCUACCAUUUGAACCAGUGCCCAUCAUUGAGAUCCCAGGAUAUGGAAAUCUCUCAGCUCCGCAAGUAUGUGACGAGCUGAAGAUUCAGAGUCAGAAUGACAGGGAGAAACUGGCAGAAGCAAAGGAAAAGGUCUACCUAAAGGGAUUUUAUGAAGGAGUCAUGUUGGUGGAGGGGUACAAGGGGCAGAAAGUACAAGAAGUGAAGAAAGACAUUCAGAAGAAAAUGGUUGAGGAUGAUGAGGCCCUGGUUUACAUGGAGCCUGAAAAACAAGUGAUGUCCCGGUCAAGUGACGAGUGUGUGGUUGCUCUUUGUGACCAGUGGUAUUUGGAUUAUGGAGACAAAGAGUGGAAAGAACAAGCCUCCGUCUCCCUGAAAAAUCUUGAAACGUUCUGUGAUGAAACCAGGAAGAACUUUGAAGCGACUCUGGCUUGGCUGCAAGAACAUGCCUGCUCCAGAACCUAUGGAUUAGGAACCCGUUUACCGUGGGAUGAGCAGUGGCUGAUCGAGUCCCUUUCAGACUCCACCAUAUACAUGGCUUACUAUACAGUGGCUCAUUUUCUCCAAGGCGACGUUCUGAAUGGACAAGGCCCUUCUCCUCUGGCCAUCAAAACGAUUCCCAAAGAGCACCUGCAGAAGCUGAGGAGAGAAUUUGAGUACUGGUAUCCUGUUGAUGUGCGAGCAUCUGGCAAGGACCUGGUGCCAAAUCACCUUUCAUACUAUCUAUAUAACCAUGUGGCCAUGUGGCCUGAAGACAGUGGAAAAUGGCCUGUAGCGGUCAGAGCCAAUGGACAUCUUUUGCUGAACUCUGAGAAGAUGUCCAAAUCUACAGGGAACUUUCUAACCUUAAUCCAGGCUGUCAAUAAAUUCUCUGCUGAUGGAAUGCGCCUGGCCCUAGCGGACGCAGGAGACACGGUGGAAGAUGCCAACUUCGUGGAGGCCAUGGCUGAUGCGGGUAUUCUGCGCCUCUAUACCUGGGUGGAGUGGGUGAAGGAGAUGAUAGCCAAUCAGAACAGCCUGAGGAGCGGGCCUGCCAACACUUUCAAUGACCGAGUCUUUGCAAGUGAAAUGAAUGCAGGCAUCAUCAGAACAGACCAGCAUUAUGAGAAGAUGAUGUUUAAAGAAGCUCUGAAAUCUGGCUUCUUUGAAUUCCAGGCAGCGAAGGACAAGUACCGUGAGCUUGCCAUUGAAGGGAUGCACAGAGACCUGGUUUUCCAGUUUAUAGAGUUUCAGACUCUUCUUUUGGCUCCUAUCUGCCCUCACCUGUGUGAAUACACCUGGACGCUUCUUGGAAAGAGCGGAUCACUAAUGAAGGCUGCCUGGCCUGUUGCUGGCCCUGUGGAUGAAAUCUUGAUAAGAUCUUCUCAGUAUCUAAUGGAAACCGCUCACGACCUGCGUCUGCGUCUGAAGAACUAUAUGCUUCCUGCCAAGGGAAAGAAAGGAGACCAAAAGCCCCCUUCGAAACCCUCACACUGCACCAUCUAUGUGGCCAAGACUUACCCACCUUGGCAACACAGCACUCUGAGUCUGCUGCGCAAGCAUUACCAGGCAAACAAUGGGACUCUGCCAGAGAAUAAAGUGAUAGCAAGUGAACUGAGCACAUUGCCAGAGCUGAAAAAAUAUAUGAAGAGGGUGAUGCCUUUUGUUGCUAUGGUGAAGGAAAACCUGGAAAAGAAUGGAGCCCGGGUGCUGGACCUUGAACUGGAGUUUGAUGAACGGGCAGUGUUGCUUGAAAAUAUUGUUUAUUUAACAAACUCCCUUGAGCUUGAGCAGAUUGAUGUGGUUUUUGCUUCAGAAGCAGAUGACAAAAUAAAGGAAGAUUGUUGUCCAGGGAAUCCAUUUUGUGUCUUCAGAUCAGAGCCUGGUGUCCCUGUGUCCUUUGUGAAUCCCCAGCCUGCCAGUGGCCUUUUCUCUACCAAGAUUGACAUCAGGCAAGGAGACAACAAGAACAGUAUCGUCAGACGGCUAGCCAAAAUGAACAGACUUAUCAAAGAUGUGUCAAAAGUCAAGCUGAUGAGGUACGAUGAUCCAGUCCUCGGGCCUCGUCGAGUGCCGGUUCUUGGAAAGGAGGAGCAGGGGAAGACGGUCAUCUCAGAAAAGUCCACGUUUCACAUCGACCUGGGGGCCAAGAAAGUUCACAUUACAGAUAACGGCCUCUCAGUGGAUGUGGGAACUACUCUAGUUUACCUGGCUUAAAAGUUCAGAGACGGUUAAAAUAAUAGAGGAGAAAUGCAUAGGGCUGACACACUGGGCUUCAGACAGAAUACAUCACUUCCAGUACAGUAUUCAACCACUCAGUGGCCACUUGGCUUUCAUUCACAAUUAAAAACCAAGCCUGGUUCAAACACUUUGAAUGUUUUUUUUACAUUCUUAAAACUGCAGUCAAUUUUUCAUUUUCCCUGCAUUGUUCCACCCUUUUUUCAGUUUUUUCCCCUUUUUUCUCAAAUAUAACUGGCAAGAAAAACAUGUACAGUAGGGCAUUAAACAUGAGCAGUAGAAAUGCAAAACUCUUUUUCCCAGAGAAAAAAAAAAUAUAUAUAAUCAAAUGGAAUUAAGCCUGGCCUUUUAAUCCACCCACACUAACACUAGAAAGCAGAAAGUAAAAAGUAAUUUUGACUUCAGAAAGCAAUUUGAUAUCAGAACAGUUGUUUCUUGUUGUAAUAGAAGGCCGCAGGACCUUGAUGAGUUUGUGCUGUGUGGUCAUUAAUGAGGGACCUUAAAUUUUAAAAAGCCAUGUAAUCAACAAUAUUUAAAACUGACAUUUUCAAGAAAAUCUUUAAGCAACCACUCUUCAUCUUUUUCUUGUUUUUCUGAUUUGCUGUAUGUUUUAACUGCUCCUAAUUGUAAAAAAAAUGUCUUGACUGCCUUACAAUGAUAAUACACAAUCUUGGUCUGUAUGUGAUCAUCUGCCAUGGUUCUAUUCCACAGUUGUGUUAAAUAAAGAGCUUAAAGGUA